GUUGCUGGGCAACCACAGCUGCUGUGCAUGAUCUGCGCUGAGCUACCUUCCUGUUCUGGCAUAUCAGGGGAUCCCCAAAGAAAGCAAGGGGACCAAGGCCGGGGUGGAGGUCUGGGUGGCUGAGCCAUGGAAAGGAAUGACAUCAUUGACUUCAAGGCUCUGGAGAAAGAGCUGCAGGCUGCACUCACUGCUGAUGAGAAGUACAGACGGGAGAAUGCUGCCAAGUUACGGGCAGUGGAACAGAGGGUGGCUUCCUAUGAGGAGUUCAGGGGUAUUGUCCUUGCAUCACAUCUGAAGCCACUGGAGCAGAAAGACAAGAUGGGAGGAAAGAGAACUGUGCCGUGGAACUGUUGCACUACUCAGGGAAAGACUUUCCAGGAUGUGGCCACUGAAAUCUCCCAGGAGAAAGUACGCUGCCAGCCUGAGACCUCAGCAGAGUUCUACCGAGAUUGGCGGCGACACUUGCAGAGUGGGCCAGAGCGCUACCAGGCCCUGCUGCAGCUUGGGGGUCCCAAGCUGGGCCACCUCUUCCAGACAGAUGUGGGGUUUGGACUUCUGGGGGAGCUGCUGGUGGCCCUGGCUGAUCAUGUGAGGCCGGUCCACCGGGCGGCAGUGCUGGGGAUCCUGCACAGCCUGGCCAGCACCGGGCGCUUCACCCUGAACCUGAGCCUGCUGAGCCAAGCAGAAAGAGAGAGCUGCAGAGCCUUGUUCCAGAAGCUACAGGCCAUGGGAGGCCCCAGACCCAUGAAGGAGGGGCUCAGUCAAGAGGAGCAGGAUCUAAAGGAACAGUCUGGUGGGCCCCAGGAGGAGGAGAGGCUCUUGCAGGAGUUGCUAGGGUUGUACCAGCUCAAUUGAUAGGACCAGCUGCCCUCAGACACCCUAGUGGUAAUUGGAGGCAUUUUUUUGGUAGUGGCAAUAGGGUUUCUGCAGGACUGUAAGGAGAAACCUACACUUAAUUCCCUUCUCAACUUAGAAUUUUCAGAUAAAAAGCAAAAAUUGAGUUUUUCCCACUUCUCCAGACCCUCAGUGUCUCAGUGUUUUGAACUAUGUGGAUCUACGGGACAGUCAAAAGCCCAGGAAGUUGAAAACAGUUUUGCUUCUCACUCUUAGAGUCCACCAAGCCUCUAGCCCACUGGCCCUGAGAAAUGGGUGUGAGCUUAAUCAAAUGCUGGCUAUACUAGUUACAACCUCCACUUGGAAAUGGCAAAAUCAUUCAUCUUCCAUGGUAAAUAAACACUGAUCUACAUA